GUUUGACCCAGAUCACAUUACCCGCAUGAUAUAAAUAUAUAAGAGAAUUUUACAGGAUUCAUAACAAUCUUCGCUGGUACAGACACAACAACCAGAGACUCAAUUUCAUCUUGCCAUCAACUACAGAAAAUUCAGCAUGUCUCUAGCAACAGCAAUACUUUUCUUUACCAUUGUCUGCCAUGUCUAUUCAACAAACACAGGUGAUCAGAAUUCCUGUAAUACCUGCUGCAGUUCACCAGCUGGCAUUCCUGGAAUCCCAGGUACCCAUGGUAAUCCAGGACCAAAGGGUGAUAAUGGUGCAAAGGGAGUGAUUGGACUCACAGGUGAAAAAGGAGAAAAAGGAGAGAUUGGAAAAUAUGGUGCUCCUGGAAAGUAUGGUCCUGUAGGACAAAAGGGUGAUGUUGGACAGAAGGGAGAUGUUGGACAGAAAGGUAAUAUGGGAACAGUAGGCCGACCAGGAUCUGCUGGUUCUCCAGGCAGGAAAGGGGAGCCAGGACCAUUAAACACAAUGAUCAUCAAAUCAGCCUUUUCUGUCAAGUCAGUAGGAUACAAGACCGGUGUGCUUGAUCAAACACAGCCAAUAAAAUAUGAUGCUGUGAUUACCAACAUUGGCGGUGACUACAACCUGACAACAGCAAAGUUUGUGUGCAGAGUGCCUGGUGCUUAUGUGUUCUCAUUUACAGGACAUAAUAUGGAUAAUAGGGAUCUUGCAAUCAGUAUUAUAAAAAACAAUAGGCGUAUUGUGUCUUCAUUUUCUGAAGCACAAAGUACCUCAUCCACCAGUACUACAUUAGUGCUAGAGUUGGUUGAGGGUGAUGAGGUUUGCACUGCGGUGUAUGAUAGCUUUAAAGAUAACAUGUACCGGCACAUAUUUGCUGAGGCAUCAUUUUCAGGCUUCCUUCUCUAUCCUACUACUUAGAUGCAAUAAUAGAGUUAAAAAUAGAAAAUAAUAUUGUGUACUAUAGUAAUAAGAGCCUGAAUAAAAAAUAAAAAAAUUCAAACUUUGGAUUUACUCCGAAAGAUUUUUGUUAUAUAUUGAUUUAUGAAAACCUAAAUAACUUGUACAUGAAUAUGUUUGCUCACCUUCCUUAUCUUACUACACAGACGCAACAUCAGAGAUUAAGAAAAGUUUUAAUUUGGAAUUGAGUCGGCCGACGACUGUUGGGGGCAGUGACACUUAAGCCGGGCACUCGCUGCGUCGUACGACCGUCGCACGACGAAUCCACCGCUGCUUCCGGCGAGCGAUAGACAACGUAACGCCGUCUACUGAUUGUCAGUGGCAGUCUGAACAGAUCCUCAUUAAAAAAGCGGUCUGUUGGUUCCGCGCCAUUGCGUGCGUUCGUCGUCGUGUUGCCGUCGCAUCGCCUUGAGUACCCGGCUUUACACUUUACAAAGUUAAGAAUGUUAAGGUACAACAACAAAAUAACCAAGCUAAAUAAAGAUUUGUUACAAAGGAAAGUCAUCAAUGUCAUUGUCUGAAACUAACUUUAUUUGCCGAGCGGUAAGGCGGGGGCACUGCUAACUACAGCCUUAAUGUAGGCGCUGGUUCCAGCCGCU